AUGUGCAUGCUUCAACCUCACUUCGCGGUCGAGGGAUUGGGUUUGCUUACUUCCUUUCGGUGAUUGAGAAGCAAAAGAGAUAUGCUAGGCAUCCCCGGAUCAUGACUCUGGUCCUGGAUUUUCUACCGGAAACCGCAAGACCCUUUGGCUUCAUUAAACAUACAAGAAACCACUGUCUUUGCGCCUAGAUCCCUACAGCGGUCGUAAUAGACGUUCCCUCUCCUUCGAAGUUUCUGAACGGCAGACAGUCCCCUUCUUCACCUAAUAGUUCGACGCCAAAGCCGUCUUCUCACGAAAUCCUCGCGCACGUCUUCCACUUCCGCCCCAACACCUCGACUCCACCACAAACAGAUUCCCCACAACAUGGCAUCCUCGCCGCUCGUCCUCUCCCCGCAGCCGCCUCCCUCUGCCCCGUCCUCUAAAUUUCCACCUUCGAAUAUCUCCAAAGCCAAAGCCCUCGCCCUUCAACAUGCAUCCACAGCACCCGCCUCCCCGACCGGCACUCCGACCCCCCCGGCGGAUACCGACCUCGACGCCGGUGCGCAGAUGAACGAGCAAGUACGGCGGCAAUAUGUAAUCACCAAACAAAUCGGCCGCGGCACCUACGCCGACGUCUUCUCCGCGCACCUCGCCUCGGACCCGCAGCAACUCGUCGCCAUCAAGCGGAUCCGACUGCAGACGGGCUGGACCAACGGCAUCACCAUGGACUCGAUCCGCGAGAUACGGUUCCUCAGCGAACUCAAGCACCCCAACAUCAUCCUGCUGCACGCCGUGUACAGCACAAAGGACCAGAAGAUCUCGCUGGUGCUCGAGCACCUGCCCCUGGGCGACCUCGAGGAGGUCUGGCACAAGCACCACCUCCCCUACGGCAACGCCGACAUCAAGAGCUGGAUGCUCAUGCUGUGCCGCGCCGUGUGGUUCUGCCACAGCCACCGCGUCCUGCACCGCGACAUCAAGUCCAACAACUGCCUCAUCGCGGCCGACGGGUGCCUCAAGCUCGCGGAUUUCGGCCUCGCGCGCCCCUUCGCCGACCCGGGUCGCCCCAUGACGCACCAGGUCAUCACGAGGUACUACCGGCCCCCCGAGCUGCUCUACAUGGCGCGCCACUACGGCCCCAAAGUCGACGUCUGGAGCGUCGGCAUGAUCAUGGCCGAGCUCGCCAUCCGCAACUUCCUGUGCCCCGGCGAGACGGACCUCCAGCAACUCGCCAUGUACUGCGACCUCUUCGGCACCCCGACCGAGGAGACGUGGCCCGGCGUCUCGAAACUGGAGCUCUACAUGCCGCCCUCGACGCAGAAGGGCAUGGAUGGCACGACCGUCGCCACGCGCAGGGGCCAACCGGCUUCGUUCUGGAAGCAGCGGUUUUCGCUCCUGGGGGACGAGGGCAUCGAGUUGAUGCGGGGGAUGCUGACCAUGGAUCCGAAUAAGCGACUGAGUUCCGAGGAGGUGCUGAGGCAUCGGUAUUGGCAGGUCGCGCCUAGGCCGACGAGGAAGGAGGAUUUGCCUAGACGGCCCGGGAGCAGGGAGGAUGGGGAGAAGAGGUUGGGGGAGGAUUUGAAGCGGGUGGCGGGGGAGAGGGAGGAGGUCGAGGGCGGCAGGGCGGAUAAGGUGGCGAGGAAGUUGGAUUUUGGGGCGUUAAGGCGGUAGGCUGAGUAAAUGGAGGCAAAGGGAAGGGAACGAAGUGAGAGUCUGGCUGGGAUCAGGAUGGAUAUGUGCAUUCGGGCAUAGACCCUGGAGUUUUGGCGUACGUCUUGGAAGGGGAGAGUCAUUACCUACUCUCUGUCCCCCACAAACAUGGCGCGGAGUUUGGCGAAUCUUUUUUCCUGCGGCCAAGUAAGGUAAAGCAAGGCAAGCAAGAGGUAGCUAUAGAGCAUAUGCAUGUACACACAUGUACAUAAUAUCACACCUUCAAACUGCACAC